AUGAAUACACAAGGAGACUAUUAUAUACACGACACAGCAGCAAAGGCACUGAGGAGAGUUUGUAACUAUAGAGAAGCAAAUAAAAACAGCAGCAGCAGCAGCAGCAGCAGCAGCAACAGCAGCAGCAGCAGCAGCAGCAAACAGCAGCAGCAGCCGACAGCGCAACUUGUUGCUUCGCUUGUUGCGUCUGCACAGAAAAGCGCACAGGCAACAAAAGAUGCAUUGGAAAAAGCAAAGACAGCAGCAGCUGCUGCUGCAGCAGCAGCAGCAGCAGAUACACCGGCUGGAGCAGCAGCAGCAACAGCUGCUGCUACUGCUGCUGCUGCUGCACAGCAGCAGCAGCAAAAUACACCUCCACCUCCGCCCAUGCAGCCCCCGUUCAAAGGAAACUUUUCGGAUGGGCCUUCGCUGCUGCAGCAGCAGCAGCAGCAGCAGCAGCAGCAGCAGCAGCAGCAGCAGCAAACACCGCGUGGGUUCGCAGCUGCUGCCCCAGGAGGGUUCAGUUUGUCUCGUGCUGCUGCCGUGUCUCCUGCUGAUGGUCGCGAUGAGCUCAGCAAUGCUUUUUUGUCUCCUGCUGCUGCUGCUGCUGCUGCUUCGACAGCAGCAGCAGCAGCAGGAGCAGGAGCAGGAGCAGCAGGAGCAGGCACAGCAGCAGCAGCAGCAGCAGCAGCAGCAGCACCUGCGUCAUCGAGUGUUAUUGCUGAUGUUGCUAGGGUCUUUGAACGCAAUCUAGCAGCAGCAGCAGCAGCAGCAGCAGCAGCAGAAGAUACACAAACCCUUACCUCUCCCCUCGCCCCUGAUAGCCGCAGCACCGUGUCUCCCAGCAGCAGCAGCAGCAGCAGCAGCAGCAGCAGCGGUAUGGGUCCAAGCCCAUCAUUCUCUUCGUCAUCAGGAGCAGCAGCAGGAGCAGCAGCAGCAGCAGCAGCAGCAGGAGGAGGAGCAGCAGCAGCAGGAACCGAAGCAAGAAGAUAUUGUUUUAUUUGUUUACGAAUGUUUAAAACAAAAGAAGCAAUGCAUGAACACGAACUCAACUCAAAGCUACACCAUAAAAAUGUUUUACGUCUAGAAGACAUAAAAAAAAAAGAAAACUUCAUCUAUCAGCAGCAGCUGCAGCAGAUGCAGCUGCUUCGCUUACACCUCAGUUAA